AGCUAAACCCCACGUCCCCCUCACGCGCUCCCAUCUCCCACCCCCCGGCACGCGCCGAAACCCAAGCUCGCGCGAAAUCCAAGGUAAGAAUCCAUGGGGGGCGGCGGCGCCCUCACCCCCACCAGCACCCCCUCCUCACCGUCGAGCCCGUCGGAGUCCUUUCCUCCCGAGUUCGUCGAGUGCGUAGCCGUCUCGCCGGUCUCCGAUGACGACGAAUCAGAUGAUUGCUGCGUUUGCGACGGCGACGAUGUGGACUCCAUCCGCUACUUCAACCGCCAACUGCGUGAGGCGAAAGAGUUCAUCAGGAGGUAUAAGCCUGGGGACUGGAUUGAGGGAGUCGGAAGUGCAAAGGCUGGACAUUUUGUCUUGCCUGAGGUCACCACAUUGCUCUUGGUGGGCCCUAGAGGUUCUGGCAAGAGCACACUUGUAAACCGAAUUACUAGGGUCUUUGACAAGGAUGAUGAUCCUUUUGCACCAGAUCGAGCACAGGUGUCAUGCAAUUCAAAAUCAAAUGGUACAAUGUUUCUUCGCGAGUAUCCAAUUCCAAGGAAUUCAAGUGCCGUAUGUAUUUACGAUACACGUGGCUGGUCAAACGACCUAGAGAAAAAUUUCAAAAUGCUGCAUCAGUGGAUGACAAAAGGAAUAAGCCAUGGGGAGACAACAAUGUGGGAUGAUGAUGAAGGCAAUAAGAUAGGGAACAUGAAACCAUUGGGGAGGCAAUACAGUUUUCUUCGUUACAAAAUCCGGAAGGUCAAUUUCGUGUUAUUUGUUGUUGAUGGUGUUGCUGUCCUCGAGUCAAUGGAUGACAGCAAUAAAGGAUACACUGAGAUACUUCGUCAAACUUUUAUGUAUCCGUUCUUGUCGAUUGGAGAUGAUAAACCUGUUGUUGUUGUCACACAUGGUGAUAGACUGUCGAUACAGCAACGUGUUCACGUUCAAGCUGAGUUAGCAGAGCUACUAGAUAUUCCUGCCCAGCAAAUUUAUGAUAUACCAGGAUCCGAUGAUGACCAAACUGAUAUGGUUGUACUGGAUAUGCUACAUUACUGUGUCCGACAUGCAGAGCAGAACCUCCCUGUUAAGUUAAACUACCAUUUGGAGGUGCUUGGGCAUGAAACUCUCAAUAAAAUGGCAGAGCAAUUGAUGGGCUUAGAUGCAGUCAUUGAAGUCGCCAUUAUUUUCCUAUGCAUCCUGGUCCUGCUGCUUCGAUUUUCCGAUAAAUUGGUGCAGCCGUAGCUACGUUCUGCACUUGGGGUUGUAACUAAGAAAACAUCAUGGUGACUACUUGUCCUCCUCAGCUAGUAGAGUACCCUAACUACUUUUAUGUGUGCAUUGUAUAUAUUGACAGAACGCGCUGUGCUGGAAAUCUGUAUAUAUUUACAAUAAUAC